GGUAUAUCGAUUAACACAGCUCUAGUCAUGGAUGCGUCCCACAAAUUUCUACCGAAGUUUAAUGUAGAUUUUCGAUUUUUGUAAAGCUUCUGUCUUAUUUAUUCUUCAUUUUAUCUUCACAAUUUGGGUUACAAAGCGAUUGGCCUAGCUAAUUAUUGGUAAGGCGUUCUAGAAGCUGAAACAUGGCUUCCGAAUCUGAAUUUGAGAAAACCUUGGUAGUAAACAUUGGAAAUUUUGAGAAGAUCCAAAAUAUUCUAAAUGACAAAGAGAAGUACAAGGAGAUACUUGAAAACAGCGAGAAUUUUAACACUCGUCUGUGCAUUGAACGGAGACUUCGCAUGCCAUUCCUGGACCCCCAGACUGGGGUGGCACAGACACAUUGUUCACUCUUUAUGAAAAAAAAACAGCGUAUGCCUGGAUUCCGACAUGGCCAAAUAUACACAUAUCCAUCGUCCCGCUGGCGCAAGCCCAAGCGUCAGUAUCUACUUAACCCGAACCAGAGCUACCGAGCAUUUCAGUACCGCGAAAAUCAUCUUCAACACUCCCACCAUCAACAGCACCCACAUCACCAUCACUCUUCUGUCGUUGCUGUAACCCGAGACCUCCAUCUUGCGGAGAGCGCAGCGACUGCUGCUACCGAUGGCAACUCCAUGGGAGCCUCGGGAGACAAUGACAGUAAGGACUCACAUGCAAACGCCGAGAAGGAAUGGUUUCACGAGGAAAUGGACACAUCUCAUUAUCAUCAUGGCGAUGAUUAUGAGGAUGAUUUUGAUUCAGAUAACGAUUUUGACGAGUCAUACACCAGCAGGGGUAAACGCAAAAAAGGUUCAAGACCUCGACGUACAAUUGCAAACGUUGAGGGUACUCCAAAACGUGGGCGUAAAGGUGGUGGCAAUCGUCGGAGAAACGCUAUUGAAGGAGAAACAGACCGAAAACGUCGUGGUGGUGGAAAUACAUCUGCAGCUGCCGCCGCAGCUGCUGCAGCCGUUGCACACGCAGCCAGCACUGCAGCAGCAGCAGCUGCCGCCGCCACAGGGCUCUAUGCAUCUCACUCAAACUCUGCUUCACCCAUUCCCACCAAUGACGACACUUCGCAGUCAACACAAAUAGUGGCAACACCUAUAGCUACUUCUUACGAAAAGGUUUCAAACGAUGCUGGAACUUCCAAUGACUCAAUGCCUCUAGCGUCCAUGGCUGGAAUAAGCAUAGGUUUGGUUGCAACACCCAACGCCUCUAACUCCUCGCCGGUGCAUGCAACAACAAUUCCCAUGGCGUUUGCUACGGGAGUUGGUCCGAUUAAGGUCAAACCACUCGUUGAUCGGGACAUAGCUCAACCGUCUCCCUACUGUGACUUUUGUCUGGGCGAUCACCAGGAAAACAAAAAAACCAACAUGCCCGAGGAGCUUGUGUCGUGCUCGGACUGCGGUCGCUCGGGUCAUCCAUCGUGUUUGCAGUUCACAGCCAACAUGAUAAUAUCAGUUAAACGCUAUCGCUGGCAAUGCAUCGAAUGCAAGUACUGCUCCAUAUGCGGGACCUCUGAUAAUGACGACCAGUUAUUAUUUUGCGACGAUUGUGACCGCGGAUACCAUAUGUAUUGCCUGUCACCACCGCUAGUUACUCCACCAGAGGGUUCUUGGAGCUGCAAGUUAUGCAUGGAGGAAUUCCACAAGAAUAAUUGAUCUUACAUUUAAGGUUAUAAAAUUAUUUAAUGCACUUAUAUUCCGAAAUAUCCACAGGUCUCUUUAUCAUAUAUUUGUACAUGGUAAAGAUUUAAUUUUAAACCACUAGCGUAUUUGCUGGUUUUAAGAACUCCCAAAUUUUGUACAUGGAAGUGAUUUUAUUUCAAACUAUCCUUUAUUACAUUUUCAAAGUAAUCUGCCAUUUGAACUAAUUUAUUUGUCCACGUAAACUUUGUAUAUCAAAUUUGUAACAAGAUAAUUUAUUUGAGAGUUAGAAUUGUAACAUCAAAAAUUAAAUUUAACGAAAGUAUACUUUGUGAUAAAUCUAAAUCCGGCAAGGAAGAACUUUAAAUCACUUUUUAACCUUAAUAAUAAGCCAGCUGAUUUUUGUUUUUGAAAUACUUCAUGAUCGGCACACAAUUUUAAAAAUUAAGUAAAGUUUUUACACGAAUUUUUACUACGGCAAAAAAAAACAGUGCUCGCAGGUAACAGUUUAUCGUUUUUUGAGGUCUAAAAAUAACUUAAUUACGGACCGACUGCGCAAGGAGUCAGAGAUAACAAUCGGUCUGUGCUCAACCAAAUUAAAAUUAAAAGUCUUUUGCACUUGUAGGCGUUUUUGUCGUCUGCUCUUGCUUGUGAGCGAGAUUAUACCCUUGCCUUUGUGAAUUCAGUGCGUUAAGAUUAAAUGAAAGGGCAUUUUCAGCGCUUUAAUAGGGUAAGAAAUUUUAUAGAGACGACAGUGAUGCCACGUAGAUUAAAAAAGGCAAAAUUUAAUUUUCUCAGGGUUUAAUUCGAACUUGUACUUAGCUUCGCGGUGCAUUUCUGCAGCUGAACUGCUCAUUUUUAAGGGCCGGUGCGAACAUUGCAUUUGCAACCGAGGUACCGAAUUACAAGUUUGAACCAAAAACUGAUAAGUGGUGUGAAAAAGCUAACUUAACUUCGAAAAUGGCUUUAAGCAGAGGAUCGUGCAGAGCAUAUGAUGUCUAUUAAUUUCUUACUAUAUGGCUGAACUGUUCGCUCUUAUUAGCAUAGAGUAAGAACUAUAUAGAGACACCAUUUGCUCUGCCGCUCAGUAGAGCGAACAUGGUUCUCAGCAGAGACUGGGCAGGGCGCUUGCAGACCAAAUGGUGUCUCUACAUAUUUCCUACUCUAUGGCGCUUCAAUAUAUUUUAAGCAAACGUCGGAGUUUUUUAAGUGCAGAAACUUUGAAUUCCAUUUUAAUUGUAAAGCUUAACGCAGAAUAAAUGAUAAUUAUAAAAUAUA